GCCACUAGCGAGGAGGAGGCGAGAGGAGUCUCUGACGAGGAGGAGGAGAGAGAGGAGUCUCUGACGAGGAGAGGAGGACGAGGAGUCGUCUCUGACGAGGAGGAGAGAGGAGUCUCUGACGAGGAGGAGAACCGCGCCAACUCACGAGAUGCCGGCCGUGUCCAAGGGCGAUGGCAUGCGCGGCCUCGCCGUCUUCAUCUCGGACAUCCGCAACUGCAAAAGCAAAGAAGCCGAGAUUAAGAGGAUUAAUAAGGAGCUUGCUAAUAUUCGCUCCAAAUUCAAAGGUGACAAGGCGUUGGAUGGAUACAGCAAGAAGAAGUAUGUGUGCAAGCUGCUGUUUAUUUUUCUUCUGGGCCAUGACAUUGACUUCGGGCACAUGGAGGCUGUCAAUCUGCUCAGCUCCAACAAAUACACUGAAAAACAAAUUGGCUACCUGUUCAUCUCGGUGCUCGUCAACUCCAACAGCGAGCUGAUCAGGCUCAUCAGCAAUGCCAUCCGCAACGACCUGUCGAGCCGCAACCCGAUCUUCAUCAACCUUGCCCUGCACUGCAUCGCCAAUGUGGGCAGUCGGGAGAUGGCCGAGGCGCUGGCGUCCGAGGUCCCGAAGCUCCUCAUCGCUUCAGACACAAUGGACAGCGUGAAGCAGAGCGCCGCACUGUGCUUGCUGCGGCUUUACCGCACCUCGCCGGAUGUGAUCCCCGUGGGAGACUGGACAUCGCGGGUUAUCCACCUGUUAAACGACCAGCACAUGGGGGUGGUGACCGCAGCCACGAGUCUCAUAACAGCGCUGGCCCAGAAGAACCCAGAGGAGUACAAGGGCAGCGUCUCGCUCGCCGUCUCACGGCUCAGCAGGAUCGUGACAUCCUCUUACACAGAUCUGCAGGACUACACCUACUAUUUUGUGCCAGCGCCGUGGCUCUCUGUGAAGCUUCUGCGCCUGCUGCAGUGCUACCCACCACCCGAGGACCCGGCAGUGCGCGGGCGUCUGAGCGAGUGCCUGGAGAACAUCCUAAACAAGGCGCAGGAGCCGCCGAAGUCGAAGAAAGUGCAGCAUUCCAAUGCCAAGAACGCCGUGCUCUUUGAAGCCAUCAACCUCAUCAUUCAUCACGACAGCGAACCAAAUUUGCUGGUGCGCGCGUGCAACCAACUCGGCCAGUUCCUCCAGCACCGUGAGACGAACCUGCGUUACUUGGCCCUGGAAAGCAUGUGCCUGCUGGCAUCGUCGGAGUUCUCGCACGAGGCUGUCAAGAAGCACCAGGAAACCGUCAUCAAUGCCCUCAAGACCGAGAGGGAUGUGAGCGUUCGCCAGCGAGCCGUGGACCUGCUCUACGCCAUGUGCGACCGUAGCAAUGCACAGGAGAUCACCUCCGAAAUGCUCAACUAUCUGGAGACAGCCGACUACUCGAUCCGGGAGGAGAUGGUGCUGAAGGUGGCGAUCUUGGCGGAGCGGUACGCGGUGGAUUACACGUGGUACGUGGACACCAUACUCAACCUCAUCCGCAUCGCAGGCGACUACGUGAGCGAAGAAGUGUGGUACCGCGUCAUCCAGAUCGUCACGAACCGCGACGACGUGCAGGGCUACGCGGCCAAGACCGUCUUUGAGGCACUGCAGGCCCCAGCAUGCCAUGAAAACAUGGUCAAGGUGGGUGGUUACAUCUUGGGAGAAUUCGGAAAUCUCAUCGCUGGAGACCCUCGCUCCAGCCCCCUCGUGCAGUUCAACCUGCUGCACUCCAAGUUCCACCUGUGCAGCGUAUCGACGCGCGCGCUGCUGCUCAGCACGUACAUCAAGUUCGUGAACCUCUUCCCCGAGAUCAAGCCCACCAUCCAGGAGGUGCUGCGUUCGGGGAACCAGCUCCGCAACGCCGACGCCGAACUGCAGCAGCGAGCGGUCGAGUACCUCAAGCUGAGCACCGUCGCCACCACCGACGUGCUGGCCACGGUGCUGGAGGAGAUGCCACCGUUUCCAGAGCGCGAGUCGUCCAUCCUGGCCAAGCUCAAGAAGAAGAAAGGCCCGUCCACCGUCACAGACCUGGAAGACGGCAAGAAGACCGGCCCUGGUGGAGAACUCAACGGAGGAUCUGAACCCAUCGCACUGAAAGCGAGCGCCCUUUCCACCCCAUCCCCAUCCGCGUCUGCUGACCUGCUUGGCCUCGGCGCCCCCGCGGCGGCAGCGGCGGCCGCGGUGGCCGCAGUCGCGGCCGGCUCUGUGCCGUCGCCGGGAGGGCCGGGGCCCAGCGGCUCGGUGGUGGGGCCGCCCGGCGGAGGUGGCGGGGGAGGAGGAGGACUGCUCGUCGACGUCUUCUCCGACAUUGGCACCGCCGCUGCGUUGCCUUCGAUCUCCUCCGACGAAUACUUUGCCAACCAGCGCACUCUCUCCCCGCCCGUCUCACUCUCUGAUGACAGCGCCCUGCAUGGCGCCGAUGAGCUCUUUAACAAGUUUGUGUGCAAGAACAAUGGAGUUUUGUUUGAAAAUCAGCUGUUACAGAUUGGCGUCAAGUCUGAAUACAGGCAGAAUCUAGGCCGCGUCUGCCUUUUCUACGGCAACAAGACGUCCGUUCAGUUCCAGAGCUUCUCGCCCACCGUCGCGUGCCCCGGAGAGCUGAAAAACCAGCUGGCGGUGGAGGCUCGCACAGUGGAGCCGCUGAUCGACGGUGGGGCACAGGUGCAGCAGAUGAUCAAUGUCGAGUGCUUGGACGACUUCAGCGAAGCACCUCUACUUACCAUCCAGUUCCGCUAUGGGGGCUCCAUGCAAAGCAUCACGAUGCAGCUCCCCGUCGUUCUCAACAAGUUCUUUCAGCCGACUGAGAUGGCCUCGCAGGACUUCUUCACACGCUGGAAGCAGCUAAGCAGCCCACAACAAGAAGCCCAGAGAAUCUUCAAGGCAACGACACCAAUGGAACUAGAGGUUACCAAAGCCAAGCUGGUUGGGUUUGGCAUGGCCAUGCUGGAAAGAGUCGACCCCAACCCGGACAACUAUGUGGGGGCAGGAAUCAUCCAAACUAAGACUUUGCAGAUCGGCUGCCUUCUGCGACUGGAGCCCAACCUGCAGGCACAGAUGUACCGCCUCACACUGCGCACGAGCAAAGAGAGCGUCUCCAAAAGGCUUUGCGAGCUCCUCGCCGAACAAUUCUAAACUCCGCUCUUCUCCAUUCCCCCCCCCCCCUACCCGUGCGCGUCUGUUUCUCACGCACUCAAACGCUGUCCCUCCCCUCCUCCGCCAUGCCGCCUCCUUCCUCUCCACAUGUCGUGCCCAUUGUCGUUUCCUCUCCCACGUUCUGGUAAAGGCCCCCCCCCCACCCCACCCGCUUCGUCCGUACUUUCGAAUGAAAAAUCGAUUUGGAGGGAUUCCCUCCACCUCGUCCACCGCUCCUGCACCCACCCUCGUGUCGUGGAUUCACGCUUCCGAGAUCUUGCUUCAUUGUUGCUUGCUCCUCUGCUCGCUCGCUCGCUGUCUCCCGCUCGCUCGCUGUCGCUUUGUCCACAUCAUAUGAUCUCUAGAGCCGUGUAUAUCUGAUCUCCCCUUGGCUGGAGCCUUACAUCAAUUGUGAUUUAUUCUUCCCCCCCCCAUCCCCUGAUCCUCCCAGGCCAAUUGUAACCCUCAGCCUGGAAAUCUUUUGAACACUGAACCUGACCUUCAUUUCCUACCCAAUCUUGUCCUUGCACCCAGCUCUUAAUACAUUCCACUGUUGUGAUUGGUUCCCCCAUUACAUUGGCCGACUGAAACUAAAUUAAAAAGCUUCCUGAUGACUAAUCAGGUGUGAGCGUAGGGAAUGCUUGAGGCUCAGAAUAAAGCUAAAGUACGCUGCGGCUGUGACAGCGAUGGGAGGGGGGGGGGGGAGAUUUUGGCGAUUUUUUUUUGUCUCGUUUGCGGGCAUUCGGGGCUUGCACAGUUGAACGGGCCUUGGUCACUCAUACUCGGAUUACUUGAGUAAAAGCUACGCGUCCGAUUCCGAAGAAAUUUCGCACGUUAUAUUUCCGUACACCAUUUCAGACUUCCUUUUCACAUCCUCAAGAAAGUGGGGUUUUUUUUUGCACAACUCGAGGCCAUGGUCAUGUGUAGGAUGUUCCCCAGAAUAGUGGUGAUGCUUUAAAUGCACUUAUAGUGUUACACACACAAACUCACAUGCACACGUAUGACAAGAUUGCACGGGAAGAGUGAUGGUAUUUAAAAAGCUCUUACGGGCAAGAGAUUAAAAGACAACAGGAUUGGCCAAACGAGACAUGUUGAUGAUUCAUUUCCCUGUUACAUCUUUAAGAGUACCGCUUUUCCCUCCAUACCUUCUCUUCGCAUUGUGUCGACGGGCACACACAACAGUCGUGGAAUUCCAAGGAAGCUAUGAAAGCAAUGACAUUGUUGAUCCUGUUAGCCGCUUCGGAAGGGGGUUGUUUUUGUUUGGAUCUUAAUUAUUCGAACUAAACUGUUACAUUAUCAUGUCUUAUACAAAUAUGCCCAGGCCGAAGGAGAAAAAUAAAGUACGUUGUUCUUACCUGGGCUUAAAAAUAUAUAUAAAUACAUGUGAGAAAUCUCUCCGCGAUUAUGAAAUUCACCUCGCUAUAAGUGGAGGCAAUACCUCCUGCUUUGGCAGUAAACUAUUGGGGAAGGACUGCAAACUGCGUCCCCACUACUGCAGUGUUCAGCUACCCCUCGAGAAUUAAAAAUCUGCACCAAUUUAAAGCGGUGGGGGGGGGGGGGGUGGCUGUUUAAAAUUUAAAUUAUUUUUUUGUUUGUUAUCGAGCAAUUGGCGACAAGAUCAAGAAAGUUGACUUGCAGCAUCUUGUUUUGGGCUUGUUACACCACCACCCCUCCUCCCCACGUUGUACAAGCGAAGUUUCACCCUGUAGAUGUCUCUACUCGAAGUUUUUGUUUGCAAUUCAAGACGGAAAUGUCUAAUCGCGGAGUUCCACCGCCUACCGUAGCAACAGUUUUGAAUCCCAUUACAGCCCCCUCCCCCCCCCACAUGCUUGUCCGUCAGCCAGAUCAGCAGUUUGGUGUAGCAAACGACGUGGUAAACUCUGAUGGUACCAAUCUCUAUUUAUGGUCCCCGUAUUCACGCGUGAUUGAUAACAUUUUGACUUCAAAAUACCAUCUGUGGUUAUGGACCCUUUAAAAAAAAAAAAACUAAAUAUCCUAAUAUUUUUUUGGUUUUGCCUACUUGUCAAUUGCUAACUAACAUGUUGCGAGUGACACGUUGUUUCGGUUGCUGCGGACAAGUUACCUUCUCCCCAUGGCGUUGCCCUCGAAAAAGAGCUGGCCAGCUCAGUGGGCCUUCCCGCCCCACCUGCACCCCCGGGAUAACCAGCACACAGAGAUACAACACAACCGUUUGGUCUGGGCGAGUGCACUAAUUUGUCAGAGUUGUUGGUCGGUGCCGCUUUGGUAACGCGUGUAUUGAUUGCUUAACCACGAACGUGAUUUCUUUUUUAAAUAUGAUUCGUGAUUGUAUCGCGUGUGACCCCGAUGUGAGCCUGUGGACUAACUUCUAUCACUGUCGCUUCUCAAAAGCCAAUGUGAUGAAUUAUAUUCUGAAUGUCUCGCGCGCUUCAUGGUUCUAAAAAAAUGCAAUCGAUUAAAUAUAUAUAGGACGUCUUUUUUUAAAUGUUGACGUAUAGACCGAUGUCGUUUCACGUACCCCCCCCCCACCCUUCCUCCUCCUUCAUAGCUACCUCCGCCCGAUCUCGUAAUGACACCAGAACUAUUUCGGCAAACGAGCGGCCACAACCUCGAUAUCCUUACCCUGCAUGGACGCAGCUGCACGUGGAUAAUGUUACGAACUCAUUCAUGCAUCAUUUAUAAACGCCGUGGGGAGUGAGUUACAGGUGGUGUUCGGUGAUGUGUCCAGAAUCCUUUUAUUAGAUAAGUGUGGGACUGGGUUGGUGGGCGCGUGUGCUUGUGUGUCUUGCGAAAAUUGUAAACGAGCGGAUGAUUUCAUAACUUUUCGGACACGUGAACCAGACAAGAAUGUUCAUCGAACUUCGUCCGUGAAUGAGCCUAACUUCAACCACUGCCACUUUCGAAACACGACCACACCAUACAUGCGUUGGCACAUGUAUGUAUAAAGUACACAAGCACAUGUGAUAUUAAAAGGUAUGGCAUGUAAUCUAUCGGAACACGUACAAUUCAGUAUGUUUAAUGCUUAUAUAUUGUGUGUGUACUGUAUACAUAAGCCUAAUAAUAGUAUACGUUAUAUGCGAUGUAUAUUUGAGGAUCGGAUACAUUUCCAAGCACUGCCCAUACACAAAAAAAUAUAUAACAUGUAUACUGUUGAUAUAAUGUGCGUGUAGAUGGUCAUAUGAUGUGUAAAAGUAAUUGAUCACAUACCUGACUGAUCCGAGUGUUGCUCAUCGGUGGUGGUGGUCCUCAGCCAGUUGUCGGGAUAAGGGCAUUUAACUUAUGGUACAGAGCGACUUCUGAUUCCAAACCACGUUCGCACCCCCCUUCUGUGCCAAAACAUUUGUUUAACAUCAACGAGCGAGGCGUUUUACCGAUCCCGGAUGGACAAUGAGUGAUUUCAGCUUGGAGGGGAUUUUUUUUGCAAACCUUCGUGUUUUUACGAUUGAGAACACCACAGCCGAACUAGUUUGAGAUGCGCCACCCGCUUGCUUCUUAUCCGCUUGUACAGCAGUACCCCGAUUUACCGUCCCUCCUUUAUGUCGUUUCGCAACUACGUCGUCACUUUAUGAUUCACACCGCUGCUACCUGAUUUGCGUCGCCUCAACCUCGCACCAAACUCACGUCGCUGACAGCAUCAUCAUCAUCCGUCCUCUCUCCUGUCCCGUCGCCUCUCAGCCUUCGCCUCCACCACCCACCUACUAGCUACCCUUCGAUUUGACGUCGAUUCGAUAUCCGUCGUCGCACCUAUUUCAGGAAACGCACCCCCGAAGUGAACCGGGGUGUAUUGCCGUAGGCGACAACCACUUGACCGUCUACACACACAUUCAUUACGGACGCGGCGGUGUGCAAACCCAAUAAUGAGCGUACCCACCCAAUAAUGAGCGUGCCCACGAAAACUCUAUCAUUGAUGCCCCGUGGUAUCCACGUUGGGUGGGAUGCCCCUGCCAGCCAGGUCGGAUCUGACUUUGUUAUUGUUUUUAAUGGCCAUUGUGAAACCCGUCGCAUGUGGCGAUGCCCUCCCACCCCCACCGAUUUGCUGUCCGGCUCUCGAGUUUCUGUGAAAGUGAGGAUCCGUGUUGAGCAACUUCAACGCUGUCGUUUGUGCUGUCGUGGGUUUUUUUGGUGGUGGAGGGGGGUGGGAAAAACAACUCUUGGUUGAUUUUUGUCUUCCCUAUCCUUAAAACCCAGUCCUCCCCACAAUGGUUAUUAAAUUAUGUGAUUCAAGGGUUAUUACGGACUAUAUUUAAAGCGGCUCAACACAAGUUGCAUGGUUCUGCAGGUGUGUGAUAUCGUGUGGUGUGGUGUGGCUUCACAGUCCUGUGUACGUCGUUCGUGUGUAAGUGAACAUGUGAAAAAUGUGUACAGGUGUAAUGUACGUGUGUAGUUUAAUUGUACGCAGUUAUGCGCAUGGUUACGCGUGUGUGUAGGAUGUGUGGUGUGUACGGGUUCCUAUGCACGGAUGCGCACGUGUAUUGGACGGGUGUGUGCUCAUGUGUGGUGGAGCGGUUUCGAAGUGGUUAGCACACCGCGCUACGAACCCGGCGUCCACAGUUGGAUUCCCGCUCACAGCCACCAACAACCAGGUGACGAUUAUCUGAACUGGUGCCGGGCCUCCCCUAAGUCGAAUCCGCCUCACGAGUACCUGUUGCGGUGUGCAGUAAACAUCGCCACUGGGGGGGACAAAGACGGUCGGGCGUAAAAUGUUGGCCACCCACCUCGUCGUGUGCCAUGUCGGUCUUCACUGGGGCUCGCCAACAGCCUAUCCCUCGACCGUCUGUUCAAGGCUUUACGGGGUGGGUGGGGAUAUCCGUGCAAAUGUGUGGUGACCCGUAAUCGAUAGAUGUGCGCACAUGUACACGCGUUUUAGCAGGGUGCUGCCCCCACCCCUCCUGCUUUCAUUAAUUUGCCUGUUAACCUGAAGCCACUGCGAGCUUAAACAACAGUCACUCUAUUUUACAGGUUGCUCAACGGAGUUGGACAAAUACAUCGCAGUCAAUGCACGUACAGUCCGAGUAGGCCAGUGUCCUUCACUGCAAGGCCCGCGGGCCACUGUCGGUCCCUGGUGGCCUUUAGUGCGGCCCCCGAUAAUGCACCAAUGUGAAAACACCACCCCAUCGUCAGCGUGCUGCUGUCAAACCCAGCAGUGGUUUCAAAUACGUGGCGAACCGUCUCACACUGACGAUGUCUUAUCGGCGCAAGUGGCCUAAACCUCUGAAAAUUGUGAAGAACGCCGAUUUAUAUGAACUGGUCUUGGGUCGCCUCUAGGUUGACUCAAACUCACGAGAACCUGGUGCAAUGUGUAAACAUUGCCACGAGGGAGACAAAGGCGGCCGGGCGUGGUGCUAGCCACCCCACCCCCCCGUGUGCCGUGCCGGCAUUCACAACAUUGCAGUCGAGGCGUAGACCCAGAUAAGAGGUGGUGGAGGAGGUCGCGGUUAUAUUCGCAGAUUUGGAGUUACAUUUUUGUCAGCUGUUGACUUUUACACCAAAGGUAAGAAAUUGAGAGGCGGGUAUAUAAGAGCCCAAAAAACG